AUGAGCACUGACUCUACUGACGAUCACAAAUUUGUCUCACCCGUUUCCAGAAACGCCGAGCCAGCUGGCGACAAGGAUCAGACUGAAAGCGAGAACGCAGAGGCGAAGGCAGUAGCUGCAGCGAAAAAAGAGACUCCAAUAGCUGUCCGCACUCGUCGUCACUUUCAACAGGAGCUUCAUAUGAGCUCACCGUCAGAUGCUCAGCUGUCGCCAUGCACGGCUAAAUUGUUCGGGAAAGGUGGAAGAAAGGUGACGAGUGGACCGACAGCGAUUCUUAGAAACAAGCAACAUAGUGCGAUACCUUUUAACAUGAAUGACUAA